AUGAAUACCAUUCUGCUGUUUGCUGUAUCUAUGUUCGGAGUUCUAUCUAGCUGUAGCGGUCACUAUUAUCGCCGAAGGACAUAUUUUCGUCCAGUCGUCCACAAGCGGGUGGUCAUUCCUCAUCGAGUCUUCAUUCACAGAUAUCCGACCUACAUGAUCCAGAAGAAAAGUAUGGGAACCGUCUCCCCUACCAAUGGACAUGGACCAUUCUACAGCCCCACCUUCCCCGCCAGUAUCAACACAUUUCAUCCACAAGCGACAGUUAAUCCUAAUGUAGUGAUCCCCUCAAACGGACGCGUGGUGAACACAGGAUUUGUAGCCCCUAAUUCUGGUCGUUUUAUUAACCCAGUAAAUGGUGGUUUUAUUAACCCAGUAAAUGGUGGUUUUCUAAACCCGGUAAAUGGUGGUUUCGUAAAUACAGGAUUUGUUGUACCCAGGGAAGGCGGAGUUAUCCCUGGUGGUGUAGGCGUUGUGGGAACACCAGAUGUCACUAGUGUUGUACCAACAUUCCCAAACCUUGGAAUCAACUCAAUGUCUGAAUUGCCUCCAGUGGAUUUCAAUAAGAAUGUAAUUAUCGACGGAAUUGACACUUUCCCUGGAGACAGUUUCCUAUUUCCAGGAGCCGGAAUAGGUUUUCAGACCAAAGAUGUUGGUGCUGACGGGAAACCAGUCGUUCAGGAACAAAACAAAAACGGGGACCAAGCAGCCACACCGGACUCUUCAUCUCUUGGUGUUACUUCCGGCAUAGAUGCAGGUUUUCCGGCUAUCAGCCCCGUAGUUAUUACAGAUACCAGCAACGGAGCAGAGCUUCCAGUUAUAACCCCAGUUGUCAUCACUGAUGCAACUGAUUCCACGGGCCUCCCUGAUAUGACCUUCCCGGAAGUAGGUUUACCAGACACAAACCAGAUCUUCCCUGGAGUCGGUGGAGGAAAACAAAACUCUAGCUGCCAUAAAACCGGCUGUGACACCGGUGCCGAGUGUGUGUUCGCGGAGGAAUACAUCUGCCCUAGUUACAUCCCCUCAGUCGCGUGCGAAUGUCGGCUGGGAUGUCGCCUCGACUACAACUUUAUCCCUCUGGGUGGAUCCAUCACAAUCGACGUUUGUGGAAACACGUGUUCCUGUAACAACAUGUACGGCGCGGCUGAGUGUACACAGCGCAUGUGCAAACCAGAAGAACCAGCUCUUUCCAUAGCCGGAACUGUUCCCUCAGACAACGAUCUCGGAGGAUUCCAGGGCGCAUUCGAUAGUAUAACAGAGUUUCCGACGGCGAAAACCGACAGCGGAUUCGAUCUCCCGCCUAGUGCCUCAAGUCGUGUCACUGUCCCGGAAUUACAACUAUUCUCCGAACCUAUGCAAGUAGUGGAAAAACUUGUGAACGAUUCUUCAGUACCGUCUGUCAAUGUUGGUUCGGCGGCAGAAACACCAGUUAUUGGUGAUACACUCAACAACGUCAUCGGGAUCUCAAACACGGACAAUACUGUAUCACCUCAGGAAUUGUCCACCGAAUCUCCUGUAGUCUAAUCAAACAGUUACAAUAUUCCAGCAAAUGGCCAAAACAUGUAACAAGUUUCGUUAAUUUAAAAACGCGGUUUGUUUUGAUGAAAUUUCUGACUUCAUACGUAUCUGAUGGUGUUCAUUUUGAAACCCUCGAGAUACUUUUUCAUGAAGCUUUUACGAACAUGCAGCUUGAUACAUCAUUGAAGCAUGAACUUGCGGAUACUGUUGACGUUUUCAAUAUGGCGUGGACAAUAAACUGAAUAUUUAUUAUCACGCAUUGAAUCGAAAAGGAUCGUGGUUUUUCAUGAACUUCAAAUGAAACAGGUUAAGCUUGGACAAAGAAUAUAUGACGUUGAAUGUCGGAAAAUCGAAAUUAACCAUUGAAUGUUGGACAUGAAUAUGGUUCAUUCAACACUGGUGAAUGAAAAUCAGUGUUUGACUGUCGGACAAUGUUCUUCAGACAAGGAACAUGAACAAGAACACUGAACUUUGAACACGAAGCGUGGAACAUCGAACACUGGGUAUCAUAUGAUAUUAUAUAGUAAUAUCUUAAAAGUAUUUUCAAAAACAGAAAUAUUUGUCUGCAAUUCAGAUAUCUGGUAGAAAAAAAACAUAGUUGAAAAAAAAUGCUGUAGUUCAGGCUUUUUUCCAAACUAGUUAUGAUACAUUUUUAAUUGUAUGGGGUAACAGGAAAUGCCUGAGAUAUCAACGAUACCUUAUUUUCAAAGUCAUAAAUAUAAACGUUACACAGUGUCCUCCUGUGUGGUCAUAUUCCAGAUAAGGAAGGAAGAGAACGAUUGAGAGAGAGAGAGAGAGAGAGAGAGAGAGAGAGAGAGAGAG